GGCUCGUCCGAGUUUAUUGACAUCCCUAGUAAUGGCAUGUCCUUAUAAGGACAGUCCCCCCAUUCCAGAAGUUGCUCAGUAAGAAACGUGAGGGCCUCUACUCUCUGCAAUUCAAGGGCUACGGCAGCAUUACAACAAUGAAACUACUGUCAAUUCUUACCGCUGCCCUCUCAGCUGCAUUGGUGGCCAGCAGUCCCACGCAUCGCCAAGGCACAAGCUAUGUUGGAUAUCUCAUCUCAACCUUCAGCGAUGCCAACCCCCAAAUACAAUGGCACCUUUCGAAUGGCAACAGUGCAUCGAGCUUUAGAUUCUUGAAUCAUGGCAGUUCAAUUCUCGCAUCAACUGUCGGUACUAAAGGCGUGAGGGAUAUCUUCCUUACAACAAACUCUGCUCGGUCUGAGUAUUUCUUAAUUGCGACCGAUCUUGACAUAAAUGCCUCCGGCUUUUCAUGGGAUUGGGCCACAAGACAGGGCAGUCGAGGCAUUGUUGUCUGGAAAUCAUCCAACCUCGUCGAUUGGUCAGAGUCUUCGUUGCGAAUUGUUGAAGGAGAUAGGGCUGGCAUGGUUUGGGCGCCAUCCGUCGUCUGGGAUGACGCGACUCAACAAUAUUACGUCUUCUGGGCUUCCCGAUUAUAUGACUCCGCGGACAUAGGCCAUACCGGUACUGCAAACCUAGAUCGGAUCCGCUACGCGACCACCAAAGACUUCGUCACCUUCAGCUCCCCAUCUGACUAUGUUGCUCUUGCAACCACACCGUUGAUUGACCAGGAAUUCCAGUAUCUUGGCACCCCAGGCUCCUUCAUUAGGUUCCUCAAGAACGAGACGACCAACCAAGUAUAUCAAGAAAAGACGACUGGCGGGCUUUUUGGGAAAUGGACUCGAAUACCGGGUUACGUUCGUAACCAGAGUCCGCUCGAAGGCCCAGCGUCGUUCGCCGAUAACCUGACGCCUGGUCUUUACCAUCUGCUUCUUGAUGAUUACACGCAGUAUAUUCCCUACCAGACUACAGACAUCUUAUCCCCAUCCUGGGUGGCCUCGAAUCGAUCCAACUUCCCCACUGGCUUGAAGCAUGGAUCGGUCACGCCGUUGACCCAGGAGGAGUAUGAUAGGGUAGCCGAGAGGUAUCCCGAAUAA